AACUGAACAAAAAUGCGAAAAGAUUUGAAAUUAAUCUUCUGGAAAGAGUUGGACACUCCUGGUCUAGGCUUGGAUCCAAGCAACGCCGCCAGUUGACGUCUACGAAGAGCUGUCAAAUUGCGGGAUCGAAGCAAAAUAAACCAUCCUUUGGGCGGCAAGGUAAACACGCCACUAUCUUUAAAUGAUUUUUACUAAAUUGCGUUUGUUUCUAUGCGCAAUUUGUAAAUUUCCAUAUAACACAUUGGUGCAUUACGAUGGUGAACGAAGUAGCAUUGUGAAAAGUUCAUAACCUUCGGACAUAAAGUGAAUGUUACAGGAACACGCUGUUGUUCCGAGAAGGCCAACGGGAACAACAAACAAACGUAAAUUUUGAAACUCGAAUAGUUUUGGAAUAUAAUUGACCCCGAUAGUGCACAGUACGCCAAAACCGUCGAUAUGACUCAAGCUCCGGUUAUAUUAUUGAACGGGCUUCCCGUGAAGACGACCUACAUGGCUAACUGUCGACUAUGUUUAGGCACCAACUUUGGCGAAAGCAGCACCACCAUCGUUGAAGAACGGUUUAGCGUCAUGCUGCAGGUAUUUCCUUUCCCGAUACCGAACCAAAUAGGUCUGCCUAUGAAUGUUUGCAGCAAGUGUAGAAAAGGCGUGGAGCUUUUUUUCAAAUAUACUAAAAAAGUGCAAAUUAAUCAGAAGAAACUGGAAGAAACAUUUAUCCCAGUGGAUUUACCCAUUAAUUCGCAAAGUAGGAACAUUGGUAACGCAGCUAAGGGGAGAAGAUCGCGAAAUCCACCCGCUGCGAACCGAAGACAAGAAAUUUCGAAUGUAGUAGAAAUUGUUAGUGAUGAUGAACCUCAAAACGACAAGGAUGAUAAUGUGAUCGAAGUAGAUAUGCAAUGUGAGCCUGUAACAGAUAAUGAUGAAAACAAUCAUGAUUCACAUGUGCAAUCAUCAAGCUAUGAAGAUACACUAACACAUUUCGUAGCAGUUCCUGGUCCUGCAAAUGUAUACCGCUGUGCUGAAACUGUUGAUUUGGAAUGUACCAAAAAGCGUGGACCUGUUUCCGAAACAUCGGUUGCGGAAGUCAUAUCCCUAAGUGACGAGGAAUAUGAAGAGCGUGAUCAAAGUGGCGAUCGCAAUGAUAAGCGAAAAAAACAUGCUAUACAAAACCAAAACCAGAUUCCAAAACCGCAGUCCAGGGGAAGAGCAUCGUCUCGAGUUACAACAGCUGCUACAAUGGAAAAUAAUGUUAGCUAUGUGGAUGCACCAAUAGAUAAUUUGACUGGUGGUGUAGUUAUGGUCUAUUACGAAGCAGAUGACGUUGAAGAAAUGGAAGCAACAACUUCGUCGGCGGUUGAGCAAUGUACAAAACCACCAUCGUCUAAACGCAAUAAGCGUAGCACAAUCAAAGCACCGACAGCAAAGCAACGAAAUUCUCGUUCGAGCACAAGUGAAAAGGGACAUAAAAAGUAGGAAUAAGAAUUUAAGUUUUAAAAGAAUAGUUUGACAAGUAAUAUAAUAUAAUAUGGUAAACAUUGCUGGUUUGACGCCAGCUGCCAUGCGGAUAUGGAUGUAGCGAGUUUAAUUAGGAUAUCAGUUUCGUUCACACUACGUUCGUUACUUAUUUUGUACAUUCAUGAUAAAGUAUCGUAAUUUACAUUGUUUCUUGGAACAAUUCUCUGCUAAACGAAACCGUGACACA